UAUCCCUAGUUUCCUCUUCCAAACACCUCAUCAGAGCCAUUCGUUACCUCUUCUCCUUCUUCCGAAGAAUGGAGUCGUCUUCUUCAGUUGAUGUUGAUACUCCUGCUUUCGAUCCUUUAAAACCUUCCGCACCAGUUUCUUUCCCUAUUAGAAACCUCGAUGAUCUCGAGUCGAGGUCGUACUUCGACUCCUUUCACUUUCCUUUCAACAAAGCUUCUGUUCCUCUUCCCUCUGCUUCGGCUUCGUUGCCAGAUCGUUCCAGGAUUCUUGUCUGCCAUGACAUGGCGGGAGGGUACCUUGACGACAAGUGGAUCCAGGGAGGGAGUAAUUCUGAAGGCUAUGCCAUCUGGCAUUGGUAUUUGAUGGAUAUUUUCGUUUACUUCUCGCAUACUCUGGUUACAAUCCCGCCGCCGUGUUGGACAAACACUGCCCACACCCAUGGUGUUAAGGUACUGGGCACAUUCAUCACAGAGUGGAAGGAAGGGAAAGUUGUUUGCGACAAGCUUUUGUCAUCAAAGGAGUCUGCUCAAAUGUAUGCUGAACGCCUGGCAGAGCUUGCUGCUGCUUUGGGCUUUGAUGGUUGGCUGAUCAAUGUGGAGAAUAGACUGGACUCAUGGCAAAUCCCUAAUAUGAAAGAAUUUCUUGGUCAUUUAACUAACGCAAUGCACUCCUCAGUUCCUGGAUCUUUGGUUAUAUGGUAUGACAGUGUUACCAUAAAUGGUCAUCUUAAGUGGCAAGAUAAAUUGAACGAGUACAAUAAGCCUUUUUUUGAUUUAUGUGAUGGCAUAUUUGUAAAUUAUACCUGGAAGGCAAAUUAUCCAAAGCUUUCAGCAGCUGCUGCUGGUGAGAGGAAGUCUGAUGUGUACAUGGGUAUUGAUGUUUUUGGAAGGAAUACAUAUGGUGGUGGACAAUGGAAUAGCAAAGUUGCACUCGAUGUACUAAAGAAGGAUGGCGAUGGUGUCUCAGCUGCCAUAUUUGCUCCUGGAUGGGUCUACGAAACGAAGCAAUUGCCUGACUUUCAAACUGCACAAAGCCGUUGGUGGGACCUUAUUGAGCAAUCAUGGGGAAUACUUCAAUUCUACCCAAAGGUUCUACCAUUCUACUCCAAUUUUGAUCAGGGUCAUGGUUGCCAUUUCUCUGUCGAAGGAACGCAAGUAGGAGAUGAUCCUUGGUAUAACAUUUCUUGUCAAAGCUUUCAGCCCGUCCUUGACAAUAAUGUGGAUUCUACACUGAACACAUUACAGGUCCUUGUCAACUUUAAAGAUGCAUCUUAUAGUGGAGGAGGGAACAUCACAUUUAAAGGAACUCUCGAAGACAGUGGUUAUUUCACAACACAGCUCUUUUGCGGGAAACUACCGUUGGCUGAUCUACCAGUUCAUUUUACAUAUUCUGUGAGAUCAGAUGGGAGCUCUUGUUUGGGACUCGUCCUUGAGUUAGUUUCUAGCACAAGUGGAAAAGAGUUGGUCCUUCUUGCUUCCUGGGGGAGCACCUUAGAAACCAUGAACCAGUUCUCAAGCAAAUUCGAUAAAGUCGUUAUGCCACGCCAAGUUAGACAUAUGACAAAAGAAACUGAGGCGGUCCCAGGAUGGGUCAUACAUGAGACUAGCAUCGCAAUGAAUGGUUACACCUUAACAGAAAUCGGGGUUGUCUGCUAUAAGUUAAAGCCUGAAUUUAAUGAUUUGAGAUUACAGCAAGUCCACAGGUCAGAUGACCAAGCCACAAAAUUGGUUACUAGUCCAUCAGAGUAUUAUGCUUCUCUUGGUCAUAUCAGCAUUAGACAUUAUGAGCAGAAAGAUUUCCCACCUUCCUUAUCUUGGGAGGUCAAGGGUCAGUAUAUUUCAUGGGCCUCAAACUCUCAAGGUGUCAGGACAGUAAGUAUUAAGAUUGUUUGGAUGUUGAAAGGAGGGGAUAGUUCUGUGUUUCCUAAAUAUAUUAUGUAUGUCCAGAGAAUUGCAGAAAAUGUGGUUGCAGAUGCCACAAGUGAAGAAAUCAAGGACUAUCUGGGUGUAGCACGAGUGCAAGCUUUCUAUGUUUCUGAUCUCGUGGUUCCCCCAGGUAUUUCCAGUCUCAAAUUCUUCAUUCAAGUUUGUUGUGUUGAUGGGGUUUGCCAGCAGCUCGAUAAUUCUCCAACAUUAUUAUUGGAUGUCGAAGGUAUAUAAAAGCCUUCUGUUGGUCGGAAAUGAACCCUAGUGGUUUUACCCAAUCCAAUUAUUAGACGAGUUGACUUAUGCCAAUUCAAGCUUGGGGUGAAUAAAAGCAGGUGCGAUUGGAUUUAGAUUACCUCCCUUCACAAAGUCUAUUUGAUCUUUCUUCAUUUAAUAAUGUUUUUAGUCUGGCACAUACUGCAGGAUA